AUGUGGUCGCAAGCCGAGGUACUUUGGAGGUAUGCCACGGCGGUUUUGAAUGACAUGGACUGCACCUCCUGGAAGGCAGACGCCUACCGAUGGCAGGAGGAGAAACACAGCCCGUUCAUCGUGCUCAAUUCCACGCAUGCCAAGGUCGUGGUGGGCAAAGGAGCUGUGACAGGAGAUCCGAACGACCUGGUCCAUCCGAUGGUGGACGAUCCCGACGUGAUCCACUUCAUCCAACUCAUCUGGGUGGAAGACCAAUCUGGCAAUCUGGUCUCGAUGCGCCAUUUGUCUCCGGCGGAGCCAGCUCCCGCCACGAUGUACUUCGAGAUACCGACCGGCACUACGAGCCUGCGCGCCUUCGAGCUUUGCAAUCUGCAUGGGCUCUACCGCAGUCCAGCCGUGUCCGUCGCCUCCGGACAGACCUCCGCCUCCGUCUCCAACUGCCAGGCCUUCGCUGGCGAGCUGAUGCGAAGGGAGGACUAUCAGCCCAAGACGGACCCCACAGGCAAGCACACUCCUUUCCUGGUGGUGAACGGUACGACUGCAACCAUCGUGGUCGGUGUCGGCGGCACCCCAGGAAACGAAGGCGGCUUGGUUCACCCCAUGACGCCCUCGGACGACAAAGACUUCGCUCACUGGAUUUCGCACAUCUACGCGCCGUUCCGGCGUCCUGCACUUUCCAGGCCCUAUGAGUUCUGCAAUGUGCACGGCUUGUACAUCGGCGACCUCGUGCAGGAAGGCCGGUUUCACUUGAUUGGCGGUGUCCAUUACGGCGACUGCAAGUGCAGUCCUCAGAUCUCGUGCGGCGCAGACCCGACUGCCGUUUAA